CAUCAUAUAGAAAGCAGAAAUUUGAAAAGAAAUAAAAUUAAAGAUAUAUCGAAAAUGGGGAUAGUGGAAGAAGCUCACAACGUGAGGGUUUUAGGAUCAGGCGAGCAAAAAGUAGUUCUCGGGCAUGGGUUUGGGACAGAUCAGUCGGUGUGGAAGCACCUUGUACCUCACCUCAUUGAUGAAUAUCGUGUCAUCCUCUACGAUAAUAUGGGCGCCGGUACGACAAACCCAGAGUACUUCGAUUUCGAACGCUAUUCGACGCUCGAGGGGUUUGCGUACGAUUUGCUUGCCAUUUUAGAAGAGCUUCAAGUUGAUUCCUGCAUCUUUGUUGGCCACUCAGUCUCGGCCAUGGUGGGUUCGAUCGCCUCCAUCGCACGCCCUGAUCUUUUCUCCAAGAUUGUCAUGAUCUCCCCAAGUCCAAGGUUAUUGAAUGAUGUGAAUUAUGGAGGAUUCGAGCGAGAAGACCUAGACCAGAUAUUCGAAGCGGUGCAGUCAAAUUACAAGGCAUAGUGUUCCGGGUUCGCCCCGCUAAUUGUGGGCGGUAACAUGGACUCUAUGGCGGUCCAAGAAUUCUGCCGGACCUUGUUUAACAUGAGACCGGACAUAACCUUGUCCUUGGCCCAAACCAUAUUCCUGGGCGACACGAGACACAUUCUAGGCCUCGUCACCUUGCCUUGCCACAUAAUACAAGGUAUGAAGGACUUGGCUGUGCCGGUAGCAGUGUCAGAGUAUUUGCAUCAGAAUCUCGGCGGUGAGUCAAUCGUGGAAGUCGUAGCCACGGAAGGUCAUCUGCCACAGCUGAGCUCGCCAGAUAUCUUGAUUCCCGUGCUUCUCAAGCACAUUCGUUACGGCAUUGCAGAGUUGUAGUGUGAUUUGUGUGCUCCUCUUGUUACUCCGCGACUUGGAUAAAGCAGUUUCCAGUACUGUUGUGUUCCUACUGUGUUUAAAGUUCUACCCAAUCUAAAUUUCAAUUAAAUAUCCCUCUCCCACCGUAAUAAUCUUUAGAUCGACUUCUUUUUUGGCCUUUUUCUUUUUCAGAAAGAGAA